GUACGAUAUUAUAGAGGAAAGAUGAAGUUCUCCAGAUCAGUUAAUAAUUUGAAGCUAAUUUGUUUCCCAAAUUUUUUCUAUUCAAAUUUUCAUAGAUGUAAUUUUCUGGGAGACGGCGCAAAGCCUGCUGGGUUGAGAUAGGACGCUGAAAUAGGACGCCGUAUAAUAACCAAUCAAAUAGCAGUCUGCAUGUGGCGUCCUUUUUAAAGCAACAUCCGGAAAAAAACGAAGCAAAUUUCAUUUGGAAGUUGUGUUGCUACGUUUUAGUUUGAAGCAAGUUUUAUCACGGAAAUAGCUUUGAUUUCACGUUUGAUUGUUUAAUAAGAAAAGAGGUAAUGUAUAUUUUCAAAAUAUCACGUUUCGUUGUCAAAAUAGCUUGCACAAAUUAUGUCUCGUUGUUGCAAAAUUGAUGUGAGUUUUGUUUAUAGAUGUUGCUAAUGGUGUUGUAUUUUUUAGAUGUCGGAACGAAAAGCUGUCGUAAAGAAUGCAGAUAUGUCUGAAGACAUGCAACAAGAUGCGAUCGACUGCACGAUCCAAGCAAUGGAGAAAUUUAACAUCGAAAAAGACAUCGCAGCCUAUGUGAAGAAGGAAUUUGACAAAAAAUUCAACCCAACAUGGCAUUGCAUUGUUGGCAGAAAUUUUGGCUCCUAUGUGACACACGAAACGAAGCAUUUCAUUUACUUCUAUUUGGGACAAGUUGCCAUCUUGUUGUUUAAGUCUGGUUGAGUGAACUUUGAUAACAUAGUUCGUUUUGUAAAAAAGACAUUUGAACUAAAAUACGUUUAAUAUUGCAUAUAAUAUAUAGAUACUACAAUGAUGUAUAAAUUUUAUAUUAAGUUGUGUUGUCAGAGUGGAAUAAAUUUCAGAAGUAAUUUGCAACUUAAGUUGUUGUCAUUAACAUACUUAUGCAUCCGGUCAAUAAGUACUAUAUAUAUUUACUAUUACUAAUCCAUAUGAUGAUAAUCAUUCAAUAAUUUUCCAACUCUUCAGUGAGUGCUGGUACUGACAAAAGAAUCACCCAGCCAAAAAAAUGUCAAGGAAGCUUUUUGAAAGCUGUACUUUUCUACAGUACACUUGCCAAUAUCAUGCAACUCAACCAGGCAUAUUUCAAAAUCUUUAUAGUUGAACAUGAUUGAAUUGUAUGAUAUUGGUAAGCAUUCUACGCUUUUAAUACAAUAAAGAAUAAUAUCACAAGAGAGUCGACCCCCUCCUUCAUACAUACGAGCAUGUACUGUCUUUUAUUUUCUUACACUUAAAAAUACAUUUCUUUCUAAAAAUGUAGCUAUAACUUGAAAGCUGAAUGGAUAGCCGCAAUACCAAAAGUUAGAUUUUCAUAAUUCACCAUUCUAAAACCAGAAUCAUUUAUCAUUUUGGAAAAUUCAUCCUAUGAGAAUAAAAUUGACAGCCGUUAUAGUCACAAUAGUCUGAAUAAAAUAUCCACUAUAUUAAUUAUCAGAGAUUUGUACCUGAUCAGGAAAUUGCCGUAUACUUUCUACUAAAUAUUGAUAGGAAUCCCAGUCUUUGGCAAUGAUUUGUCCCAUUAUUGGAAUGACUUGAAAUGAAUACAUAUCAUACAACCUACAAAUAUGGAAGAUUUUUAAUAUUUAGUCUGCUUGUAAAAAAUCAAAAAAUCAUGUGGUGCAACUUAUACCCAGUGAGUUAUGAUAUACAUAUAUAUCUGGAGCAUUCGGCCUGUGAGACAAUUAAGUGAA